AUGUCAAAGACGAUUGAAGACAACGGUUGGACAGCAGUCCCAAGAAGCCUCGAAAAACUGCUUGCCACUCGCAGAAACCCCAAGUCAAAGCCAAUACCGCUUCGCGUCGAGGACAUGCCGUUACCGAGCAGCCCUGUCGUAGACAUUGUCAUGAAGCACGCAAAACAUCACCUGCCCAAGCAGACCUUCAGCCACAGCAUGCGCGUCUACUACUACGGCCAAGCAAUUGCUAUGCAGCACUUUCCCGAAUGGCGCUACAGCCCAGAAACAUACUUGCUGGCCAGCUUGCUCCACGACAUUGGCACCACAGAUGCAAACAUGUCUUCUACACAACUGAGCUUCGAAUUCCAAGGUGGCAUGCAAGCAUUAAAGCUCUUGAUCCAGAACGGUGCACCUCAAUCGACUGCCGAGUCGGUCUGUGAGACCAUCAUCCGUCAUCAGGAUGUGGGCGAGACUGGCAACAUAAGUACCUUGACUGCUGUGAUACACUUUGCGACAUUGCUCGACAAUGCGGGUAAGAAUCCCGAGUUGCUGCACAAGGACACGGUUGAGAGUGUUGUGCAUGCUUGGCCUAGAGAGGGAUGGACUGGCUGCUUUGCUGCUACCGUGAGGAAGGAGACUGAACUCAAGCCUUGGUCGCAUACGACAAAGAUUGAGGGCUUUGCGGAGAUGGUCGAGGCGAACGAGACGAUGCGUCCCUAUGAUUGA